AUGAUCAUUUUUUUCUUGAUAAUCCAAAAGAUCACUAUGUUCAAACCUGAGAUAAAGGAGAAUGAUAUCACCUUGUAUCCAACAUAAGGAGAGUACUUUAAAUUCUAUAUCAAUGAAAUUCUAUAUUUAACUAGUUCCCUACCUGAAUUAUCAUCAUUGACAUGUAAUUUGAAUUCUUAAGUUCCUUAUGUAGAUUUAAUCAAUACUCUUUAAGAGACUUACCUAACAGAAGGCAAAAGUAAAUAUCAUCAAUAUUAUAAUAGAUUUUAAAUCAAUAUCUUCAAAUAUUACGCAUUUUGCUGCUUUGACCUAUAACAACUAAGUUAUUAUAUAUGAAUGGAUAAAUGAAAUCUUAAAAUAAGUUGGAUAAACUCUGAACAUUGAUUCUUCAAUUAAUUGUUUUAGCAUCAAUUUAUUUUUAGAUUCUUCAAUUUUAGUUGAUUGCUAUAAUAAUGAAUAGUUUUCUUUAAUGAAAAUAAUAAAUGCAUAAUCAAUUAUUGUGUAUUAAGCUGAAUCCUAUAUGCCUAAUUCAACCGAAAUAUAUUCAAUUGUAAAUGGAACAAAAAAUUUUAUAAUCUAUACCUAAUAUUUUCAGAAUUAUUCUAUUAUUUCACUAUUUUCAGAAUAAUUUGAUAAUUUAAGCAGCUUUAACUCUACAUUUAUUGAUUUUGAUAUUUCAAAUAGAAUUAAUC